UCUUUUAUUAUCUAUGAAUUGAAAAUACAGAAAUAAUUUUAAUAUCCUGCGAAGUGCGAACAUCCGGGGCUUAAAUAUAUUUAACAAUGCGAACAUCCAUCGUCCAUUGACAUUGUAUUUAUUUGAAAUAUUUCAGCGUUUGAUACUUUGAUGGUGACCUUAAAAAAUGGAGACAGACAAUCAAAAUGUUCAGAAAAGUCAAUUUUGCAGCUAUAUGCCGGAGAGAGUGCAUACUGAAGGAAGGCGAAAACUUAUGUCUUGGUUGAAUCAACAAAUGAAAGUUAAUUUAUUAGAUGGCCGUAUUUUAGUUGGAACAUUCGUUUGUACUGAUAAAGAUGCUCAUAUUAUACUUAGUACAUGUUAUGAAUACUUUAACGAAAAAGAUUUAGAUACUGGAGAAUCUCGACUUUUAGGCUUAGUAAUGAUACCUGGGCGACAUAUUAUUUCAAUUCAUACAGAUGUACAACAAACAAAUGAUCAACCUAUAAAUUCGUCAAACUUUGAAGAAACGUGAUAGUACUAAAUAAUUGCAAUUUUAAUGUAAUCAUUAUUCAUUGUGAAUAUUUUUUAUCUUCAUUGUUAAAAUUUAAAAUAAUUUAUUAAUAUAUAAUACAACUAUUAUACAAGAGUCCUAAAUUCAAUUUUAAUAAAAAUAUUAACAAAUGUUUAAGUAUAGAUGAAAGAAAAAUACAAAUGCAACAACUUCAUGUAAUAGAUAGAUAUAUCUAUCGUGUAAUGAAUAAUAAUCUUUUACACUAUUUAUAAUUAAUAGGAAUACAAUAAUUUCUGCUUAAUGUGAUCACUGGUUUAUUGGAAUCCAAAAUUAAAAAACAUUUGUUUUGUAAUGUUUUAUUGACCUUUUAUUAGAAAUUAGAAUCACUGUGUACUUUUAUGGCUUUAAAUUAUUGUCGGAACUGAUUUUAAUCUUAACAUCAUUUAGAUUAAAAAUAAACUGUGACACUCAACUGCAAUCAACUAAUGAUAGUUUCAUAAGUUGCUUUACUUUAUUGUAAUUUUAUAUUUUUUUUCAAUUACCUAUUAUAAUAUGUAUAAUGUGUUAUCGUAAUUAAAUUUGUUAGGAUAGUUAAAAAAAUAUUAUAUUUUGUGAAGUAUAAGUGGCCUCGUAUAUGCGCGUUUUCUUUGUCAAAAACUACUGUUUCUAAUUCCAGCAAUACGAGUAAAAAAUUAUCAAGAUUUUCA